GCGGGGCCGAGCAGGAAGUGGCGGAGGGGAAGCGGCGCCGCGGAGGGGCCGGAGCGGGACCGGGACCGGGACCGGGAUUGAACCGGGAACAGGGAUCGGGAACGGGAUCCGGAACAGGGAGCGGGAAAGGGAACGGGCAGCGGGAGCCGCGCCCCCCUUCCCCACCCGCAGCUCCAGCCUCUCCCCCGUGCCCACCAUGGGGGACAUGAAGACCCCGGACUUCGACGACCUCCUGGCCGCCUUCGACAUCCCCGACAUCGACGCCAACGAGGCGAUCCACGCCGGGCACGAGGAGCCCGACCCGGCCCCCCUCAAACCCGGCCCGGGGGACCCGGGGACCGGGGGACCCCCCGAGCACGUCCUGCCCCACCCCGACAUCUCGGCCGUCAGCGUCAUCGUCAAGAACACGGGGUGCCCCGAGCAGCUGGAGCCGCUGGACGGCCGCGGGAAGGACGGACACGGGACGCUGGGGGGGCACGGGAUGAGCGGGACGCCGGGACACGGGAUGGGAGGGACGCCGGGACACGGGAUGGGUGGGACACCGGGACAUGGGAUGGGAGGGACACCGGGACACGGGAUGGGAGGGACAGCGGGACACGGGAUGGGAGGGACACCGGGACACGGAAUGGGCUCCCGGCUGCUCCACAACGGAUUCGGCGCCGCCGCCGACGCGCCGCGAUCGCCCGGGCACAGGGCGGGGGAGUCGGCGGCCAACGGGGAGUGCUGGGCCAAGGAGAAGGGCCCCAAGGCCUUGGAUCUCUUCUCCCACUUCAGCCCCGAGCCCGGCGAGGAUCCCGCCCUGCUGGACAGGGCCCGCGAGGGCAAAGGCAAGGAGAAGGCGCUGGCGGUGCCCUGCCUGUCCCCGUCCCCCACCAAGGAGCCGCUGGGGGAGGGCUCGGGGGACCUACCCUCGGCCUUCCCGCAGCCCUUCGAGCCCAACCAGGCCGGCGGCGCCGACGGGUCCCGCCCCGGCCCCGCCAUCAAAAAGGAGGAAUCCGACUCGGAGGAGCUGCCGGGGCGCCAGCCCAGCCCCAAGGGCUUGGGGGCGGCCCUCGGGGACAGCCCCCUGGAGCACCUCAAGUCCGUCACCGUGCGUUAUUCCGCCGAGGAUUCGCCCCUCCCGGCCUGGCCGGGCUCGGAGGCCGCCCUGGGCGAGGCCGGGGCCGAGGGGAAGCGCUCACCCCACAGCAGCCCCCGGGAGCCCUUCUUCAAACCCCCGUCCCCUGGGCUGGCCCCCUCCCCCAAGGACGGGCUCUCCCUCAAGGAGGAGCAGGAAGGGCUGGAUAAAUCCACGGGGAGCCCGCAGAGCAUGUCCAGCGCCGAGGAGGAGGAGGAGGACGAGGAGGAGGAGGAGGAGGAGGAGAACAACAACGACUCGCCUUCCUCCAGCUCCUCGCGGCCGCUCAAGGUGAGGAUCAAAACCAUCAAGACCUCCUGCGGCAGCAUCACCAGGACGGUCACCAGGGUGUCCUCGGACUCGGAGCCGGGCUCCACCAAAGGCCCCGGGGGCGAGCAGAGCUCCCGGGAGCCCUCCCUGGAGGGCACCAAGGAGGACGGGACCCCGGAGCCGCCCCCCAAGGACAAACCGGAGCUGGGCAGCCCCUCGAAGGCGGCGGAAGGGCCCAAGAUCGUCAGCGUCCAGCUGGGCAACGGCGCGAAGCUGCAGGGCACGGUGCUGCCCGUGUCCACCAUCCAGAGCGCCAGCAGCGCCAUGCUCAUCGCCGCCAGCGUGGCGCAGCAGAAGUCCGUGGUGCUGCCCGCCAAGCCCGGCAAGGCCGUGGCCAAGAACAUCAUCAACCUGGUGCCGCAGAGCCUGCCCAGGGUGGAUGGCAGGGCCGGCGCCGCCGCGGCGCCGGGCGGGCAGAAGGUGAACGGCGCCGCGGUGGUGAUGGUGCAGCCGCAGAAGCCGCCGCCCGCCGUGGCCGGCACCGUCAUCUCCCGCAGCCAGUCGAGCCUGGUGGAGGCCUUCAACAAGAUCCUCAACAGCAAGAACCUGCUGCCCACCUACAAGCCCAACCUGAGCCCGCCCGCCGACGCCAGCCUGGCGCUGCCGCCCUUCGGGUACCGCUGCCUGGAGUGCGGCGACGCCUUCGCGCUGGAGAAGAGCCUGGCGCGGCACUACGACCGGCGCAGCAUGAGGAUCGAGGUCACCUGCAACCACUGCACCAAGCGCCUGGUGUUCUUCAACAAGUGCAGCCUCCUCCUGCACGCCCGCGAGCACAAGGACAAGGGGCUGGUCAUGCAGUGCUCCCACCUGGUGAUGCGCCCCAUCGCCCUGGACCAGAUGGUGGGCCAGCCCGACAUCACCCCCCUGGUGCCCGUGGCUUCCUUCCCCGCCGGGAGGGUGGCCCAGGAGGGCCCCGGCGCGGCCAACGGGGCGCAGGAGCCGCCGGUGCUGCCCCUGGGAGGGUCGGAGCAGGGCAGCUACAGCUGCUUCAGGUGCCUGGAGUGCAAGGAGCAGUGCAAGGACAAGGCCGGGCUGGCGGCGCAUUUCCAGCAGCAGCAGCAGCAGGGCGGGAGCGCCGGCAGCACGGUGUGCUCCACGUGCCCCAUGAUCAUGUCCAACCGCUGCAGCUUCAGCGCUCACCAGCGCAUGCACCGCAGCCGCCCCCCGCACGUCUGCCCCGAGUGCGGCGGCAACUUCCUGCUGGCCAACUUCGAGUCCCACCUCAAGGAGUCCUGCCUGCACUUCUCCCGCAGGGUGGGCUACAGGUGUCCCAGCUGCGCCGUGGUCUUCGGGGGGGUGAAUUCCAUCAAGUCCCACAUCCAGAGCUCCCACUGCGAGGUUUUCCACAAGUGUCCCAUCUGUCCCAUGGCCUUCAAGUCGGCCCCGAGCGCCCACGCCCACGUGUACACGCAGCACCCGGGAUUCGGGAACCAGCAGUCCAAGCUGAUCUACAAGUGUGCCAUGUGUGACACGGUGUUCACGCACAAGCCGCUGCUCUCGGCGCACUUUGACCAGCACCUGCUGCCGCAGCGCGUCAGCGUCUUCAAGUGCCCGCAGUGCCCGCUGCUCUUCGCCCAGAAACGCACCAUGCUCGAGCACCUCAAGAACACCCACCAGCCCCAGAAGGCCAAGGAGGACGGGGCCCGGAAGGUGCUGCUGACCCCCAAGCAGGAGCCCCUGGAGGCUCCCGUGUCCAAGGUGUCCGAGGAAUCCAGUUCCUCCUCGGAGGAGGACGAGCCCCCGAGCUCCCCGGAGCUGCGCAAGGCCAAGCGGAGCCGCUUCCAGCGGAAAACGGGCUCCAAGGCCAAGGGCAGCGGCUGGACCUGCGGGGUCUGCCACUCCUGGUUCCCCGAGCGCGACGAGUACGUGGCACACAUGAAGAAGGAGCACGGCAAGUCGGUGAAGAAGUUCCCGUGUCACCUCUGCGAACGCUCCUUCUGCUCGGCCCCGAGCCUGCGCCGGCACGUCCGGGUCAACCACGAGGGCAUCAAACGGGUCUAUCCCUGCAGGUACUGCACGGAGGGCAAGAGGACCUUCAGCAGCCGCCUCAUCCUGGAGAAGCACAUCCAGGUCCGGCACGGGAUCAAGGUCACGGACCAGAUGAGGAGCCAGGAGGUCGUGAUUUCCCGGAUCGGGAGCGGCCCCUCCCAGCUCUCGGGCUGGAAGCGGAAACUCUCCUCAGAUGAUUCCUGCAGCGAGGAGCCCGACAGCACCACCCCCCCCAAGACCCCCAAGGGGGAGCGCAAGGGGCCCCUGCGGUGCCGCAAGUGCGGGUACCUGGCCAGCAGCGCCUCCGACUUCCAGGAGCACAUCCCGCAGCACCGGACUGACGGCAGCUCCCACCAGUGCCGGAGUGCGGGUCUGCUCACCUCCCACGUGUCCCUCAACCGCCACCGCUUCAUCACCCACAAGAAGAAGAAGGGCCGGGGGGACGGGGAGGAUCCCGCCCAGGGCCCGCGGAGCCCCCGGGAAGGGGGAUCCCAGGGCGCGGGGAGCGACGGGAAGUUGGUGUGCAAGGUGUGCGGGAGGGGCUUCGACAGCCAGCUCAACCUCAAGACCCACUUCAGGACCCACGGCAUGGCCUUCAUCAGGGCCAGGCAGAACAACAGCCCCGAAGAACUGAGGGGCGGCCGCUGGAAUUCCCGCUGGAAUUCCCCCUCGGGACCCCGCGGAAGGACAGCCCCGAGAACUGAGCGGGGAGCACGGCCCGGCCGCUGGAAUUCCCUCUGGAAUUCCCUCCGGAAUUCCCCCUCAGGACCCAUGGAGUGGAACAACAGCCCAACAGCCCUGAGAACUGAGCCCGGCCCGGCCUCUGGAAUUCCCUCUGGAAUUCUCUCCAGAAUUCCCCCUCAGGACCCAUGGAGUGGAACAACAGCCCAACAGCCCCGAGAACUGAGGGAGAGCCCAGCCUGGCCUUUGGAAUUCCCUCCAGAAUUCCCUCCGGAAUUCCCCCUCGGGACCCUGCGGAAGGACAGCCCUGAGAACUGAGGGGGGAGCCCAGCCCGGCCUCUGGAAUUCCCUCUGGAAUUCCCCCUUGGGAACCAUGGAGUGGAACAACAACCCAACAGCCUCGAGAACUGAGGGAGCCCUCCCUGGGAAUUCCCCCUGGAUCAUCCCCCCUCGGGAAUUCCCCCGGGAUCCACGGCAUUCCCGGUGGGAACAGUGUAAAUAACAGCCCCGGGCUCCCCUUCCCUCCAUCCCGAUGAAGGAGCUGGGAAGAGAGAGGAGAACCAGGAUGGGAUGGAUGAGCUGUCCUGACUCUGUGCCUGAACCUGCUCCUGCCUCAUCCCCUGGGAAUUGGGGGUGAUCCCAAA